AUGGACCUCUCCGUGCUCAACGUGGCUGCGGCUGACGGUGCCGACGAAGAAGGCUCACCGUUCCGACAGAAACUGCUCCAUUGCUGUGGGUCCAAGCGGUGGGCGGCAGAAAUGGUUAAAAUGUUCCCCGUGCGAGACUUCGCGGAGCUCUGUCAAGCGGCGGAUACAGCGGACGCCACGUUGACCAGGGAGGAUUGGCUCGAAGCGUUUGCAGCGCAUCCAAGGAUUGGGAGGACGAAGAAGCCGAUUAAGGAAUGGGAAGCGCAGGAGCAAAAGGCGACGAAGAACGCGGAUGACGCAGUGCUGGAUCGGUUAGAGGAGCUCAACGAUGAAUACUACAAGAAGUUCGGAUACAUCUAUAUCGUGUGCGCGACGGGGAAGUCAGCUCCCGAGAUGCUUCGUAUUUUGGAGUCCCGAAUGGAUAACAGCCCUGGAGACGAACUCGCGGUGGCUGCAGCCGAGCAGAGUAAGAUCACGAAGAUUCGACUGGAUAAGCUGCUUCAAGAGUAA